GUGGGAAAGAUAAAAAACAGACAUGAAGAGGUGGAGAAACAGAGGAGUGUGUGAUGUUUUAUUAGAAAGGUCACACGUUCGGCCAGUGGCUCUGUGGCUUUCUCUCUUUCUACAUGUCCUCUCUCUCUCUUUAUCUCCCUCUCUCUCUCUCUCUCUCUCUCUCUCACACACACACACACACACAUUAUUAUUGUCUGGCAGGCAGCUGGUCGAGCCAUGUGAGGUGUUUCUCCUUAUCUGCUUUCACCUGUGAAAAAUCCCCACAUCAUAAUACCUUUUCUCAGUGUCAAAUUUUGGAGCUGACGGUGGACCUGACAGUUUUUUGUUCCAGCUAAAAAAGUACUUUUUCUAAUCGUAUCACUGUCUAAAAUUUGUGCAGUGCUGGCUGUCUGCUAUUUUUUUGUUUUAAAUGGUAAGCCCUGCUAUUAUCCCUUGGAAUUCUGGUGGUUGAAGUUUUACGCUGCAAUCUUUGGAUUUUAAUUGCACUGUGCGUGUUUUGGGAUUUUGGACUUGGCUGAUUUGUCUUUGUGGAGUCCCGUGAGUGGUGAUGGGGGGCAUCAUGGCCAUGUUGUCGAUGGAAAUGGGGCGGAGGUUCUCCUGUCAGAGCUUCCUGUCUCACUGCAGACACAACACAGCGCGGUACCAUCGCUCAGACAGUAGCGACAGUGACCUGGAGCUCUCCACCGUCAGACACCAGCCCGAGGGCCUGGAGCAGCUACAGGCCCAGACCAAGUUCACCAGGAAGGAGCUGCAGUCUCUCUACAGGGGCUUUAAGAACGAGUGUCCCAGUGGCCUUGUGGACGAAGAAACCUUCAAGUCCAUCUAUUCUCAGUUCUUCCCUCAAGGAGAUGCCACAACUUAUGCACAUUUCCUGUUCAAUGCAUUUGACAUGGACAGAAAUGGCUCCAUUCGAUUUGAGGAUUUCGUGAUCGGACUGUCUGUACUCUUGAGGGGUUCUGUGACAGAGAAGCUCAACUGGGCUUUCAACCUCUAUGACAUCAACAAAGAUGGCUACAUAACUAAAGAGGAGAUGCUGGCGAUCAUGAAGUCGAUCUACGACAUGAUGGGCAGGUACACCUGCCCCAGCGUGCGGGAAGAUGCCCCCUUCGAGCACGUGGAGAAGUUCUUCCAGAAAAUGGACCGAAACCGAGAUGGAGUGGUGACCAUCGAUGAGUUCAUGGAGACCUGUCAGAAGGAUGCGGACAUUAUGAGCUCCAUGCAGCUCUUUGAGAAUGUGAUCUAGGCCGGGACGGAAUGCCCCAAAUUGAACUUUCCUGCUAUCCACCGGUGCCACAAAUUAAUAACCUCACCAGCCAGACAACCAACCCCCUCACCCCCCACCCCCCCUCCCCAACCGCACUCAGCAUGCACCUUUGCCUAGUUAUAGAGCCUCAUGGGGGCAGCACAUAAUCAAUGAAACACAGCAGACUAUUUGUAUCUACAGUGUGUGUGUUUUAAGGAAGUCCCCUAUGAGUGCCAGGAGAGCGAGAAGCACUGGACCAAGAUCUCACUCACUUCAAGGAAACUUUUCUCCUGAGAAAACUGAAAAGACUUUUUAGUGGGAGCGUUCAGAAAAAAAUUGGAAAAUAAUU